AAAAAGGGGGUUGGCUGCGAGGUAUCAUGGAGGAUCAGUUAGAGAACAGCAGCCGUUGAAGAAAGCCGAGCUGUGGGGCCGCGCUUCGGAGUUUCGAACCAGUAUAUCGAACGUUCUCGUCCGCUGCGUUAUCUUCUCACAGAAUGGAGAUGAAGAAGAGGAUCAGUUUAGAGCUGAGGAACAGAACUCCAGCCGAGGUGGCACAGCUGGUUGUGGACAAUUGCCGCUCGAGCGACGGAGAGAUCGAGGGGCUCACAGAUGACUUCAAGGAGCUGGAGUUUCUCAGCAUGGUUAAUGUUGGUCUCACAUCACUGGCCAUGCUGCCAUCGCUGCCCAAACUGAGGAAGUUGGAACUGAGUGACAAUAACAUCUCAGGCUCUUUGGAGAUACUUGCAGAGAAAUGCCCCAAUCUGACAUACCUGAACCUGAGUGGCAACAAGAUUAAAGAACUCAGCACAGUGGAAGCAUUGCAAAAUCUGAAGAAUCUGAAAAGCCUGGACCUUUUUAAUUGUGAGAUCACAACGCUGGAGGAGUACAGGGAGAGCAUUUUUGAACUACUGCCUCAGGUCACAUACCUGGAUGGCUUUGAUGCAGAGGACAAUGAGGCUCCUGACUCCGAGGAUGAUGGUGAUGUCUGUGGUGGCUCAGAUGAUGAUGAAGAUGGUGAGGAAGGAGCCGGGCCGGUUGGUGAUUAUGAGGAGGAUGAGGACGAGGAAGAGGAGGAUGAAGAAGAGUCAGAGAGUGGAGAGGUUGGGCUGUCCUACCUGAUGAAAGAUGAUAUUCAGGAUGAGGAAGAUGAUGAUGACUAUGUAGAAGAGGAACAGGAGGAGGAAGAAGGUGAGGAAGAGGAGGCAGGGGUUCAGGGGGAGAAGCGGAAGAGAGAUGCAGAAGAUGAGGGUGACGAUGAUGAAGAUGAUGACUAGCCCCGUGUGUCUGUUGAGCAACUUUGAAAAAUGUGUGAUCUUGCAGAUUGAUUUUUUUUCUUGUAUACCAUAGAUAUCACUGUAGAGGCUAAAUGUUUUCUUUUGAUAAAUACAUAAUAUACUAUAUAAAAGGGGUUUAUUGAUCAUUCAUUUAUAGCCAUUCCAAGUUUUUAUCCCAACAUGAGAAUCUCAUCAUUGUGGCUGCGUGGUGGUGGGAGGGGAGAGGUCUGGGCGGUUUUGAUGUGUCUCCACAACUUUAUCUGUAGACACUGGGCCACUGUGGAAACUGGUAGGGGAAUAGUCACAGCAACAUUGUUCUGUAACGCACAGAACUAUAACUCUGCAAGUUUGGUUGUGCUCAACCUGCCAGUGACUUUCCCCAAGAUCUUCUCCAAGAGUCGGCCUGCUCCUCAUCUACCUCUCCGGGCAGCCUCAGUUUCAGCCCACUACGGAGCAUCGAGCCACUGAUCCUUAUCUAGCAGCACUCUGGGUCUUGGAUCGACCGAUCCAUGCAGAAGAAUCGAUCAUCUGGCACUAACUUCCUCCUCUUGAUUUAUCCUAAGCCACUUUCAGGCUUGUUCAAAAAGACAGCCCAGAGUGUGAUGUAUGAAAAUGUGAUGUAAAUUACCUGAAAGCAAGGGAGGGGUGGAGUGAAGUGUAGCAUGUAGUCAUCUUGAAGGGAUCUAUUUUAAUUGGAGUUGGACUUUGUGCUUAAAAAAAGUCAGGACAUCACAUUGAAAUGAACAGAAGUUAUUAAAUAAGCAUUUUUCUCCUAUGUCAUGCAGAAUUCAAUUUUUGAAUUUUGUCUGUAGCAAGGUUUUGUUCUCUUUCAAGGGAGACAUUGCACGUAAUGAUCAGGUUUAAUGGCUUUGUUCGAUUAAUUAAUACCCUUAUGAAGUUUUAUUCUUAUGUUUUGGUGUGGAAAUGGGUUAGUUUAUACCUUUUUGUGAGAGAUAUUUUACAGAAUAGUACCUUUAAACUAAUGUUCGUAUGGCAAUAUGUACAGUAUAUAGUGUAUGUUGCAACUGGUCAAUGUUAGUGUGUGUGUGGUGUUUGUUUUUUCUUUUUCUUUUUUGCUUUUGUUUUGUUGUUGUUUUUUUAAUUAAAUGGAUUUGUUUGGUUAAUUGUUUUAAUACAAACUAUAUGUCAAAGACUAGUCCCUAGAUGCAGGUCUCCUUUGUUAAUAUUUUGUUUUUCAGUAUUUAGCUGCAUUUCUGAUUGAGUUAAACCUCUCUGGUGGGAUUUAGUUUUGUUUGUUGUUAAUUAUUUGAGUUUUUGUUUCUGUUUGUUUUUUUUUUUUGUUCUUGUCUUUUUCCCCAUUUUUUAGAAAACAAAAAAUAAACACAAAAAAAUGA